CGAAACAAAAAAAAAUCUAGUCUACAACCUGAACAAGAGGUCAGUUUUAAAUGUAUCAAAGGCAGUUUGGCAGUAAAGACAAGUAUGUAUCGAGACCGCAACUUAAAGUUUUCGUUUAACAGAUGACGCAUGUGAAUUUAGAUUUGAUCUGUUUAAAUCUGCAGCUACAGCUUCCGAGUUAGCUCUGCAGCUUUGCAGCUUUGCAGCUUUGCAACACUCGAGUAGCUCGAUAACAGCUAACUUUUACUCAAGGCUUUGUCACCACACCUUCACGGAUUUGUUUGCAUUUAAUUCGUUAGCCCUUGCCUUUGCAUGCAGAUGUCAGUUUAGCGCUUGGGUUCGAGAGUGUGUGCGGACUGUGGAGCCACAACAGUGUGACGACGUGUUGUGUGAGCAGUUAGCAAUGGAGCGGGGCGGGCGCGUCCCCGAGGCGCGGGGACGCGACUCCAGCUAAAUCUCAAUAUAUGAAAGAAAAGCAUGUGUGUUCAUCUCACCAACAAAACUCUGCCCUGCACUGACCAUUAAAAUGGAGUGCUAACUACCAAAUCCUGCUUGACAGACACACUUCAGAGAACUGAAAUAAGCCCCACAGAAGAUGGAGGAUUCUUCUUACUGGUCCAUCUCUGAACUUGGAGACGAUGGGGACAUACAAGAGGAGGAUGGCAUUUAUCAAGACAAACCAAGCAUGGCUUCUGAGCUUAUAGAAACUUCUAUAAACCCCAAACAAAAUACAGAGGACGAAUGCUUUCUCUGUCAGCACUGUGAGAGACGUUUUGGCAACAGAGAAGACUUGGAAAGACACAUGCACAUCCAUGCUUUCACAAAGAAUGACGCACAUGAAACAGAAACAAAGCUACUUCAAGAAGAAAGCCCUCACAAAUUAGUUAGUGACUCAUCUCAACAUCAAAUACAGUUUGGUGAGAAUACAGCACAGGGGGAGGAGAGAGAACAUGCAGAACAAUACAUGCUUGAUGUCUCUAGCAAUAUUUCAGAGAAUCUAAGUUUUUACAUUGAUGGAAAAAUAGUGUCAACAAGUACUGUCAGUAACUGUGAACUAGCUGAGGUGCACGCUGGGUCUUCAGCUCUAGUUGGACUGGAUGCCCUCAUUGUGGACCCUCCCCAAAUCUGUGAGGUCUUAAAGACGGAUAAAGAAAUACCUGGUCAACAAUAUGCCAAGAGGAGAACCGCAACACCACCCCUCUUACCUCAAAUUAAAACUGAACUGGAGUCUGAAGUGGUUGUUUCUUCGUCCUCAUCUUCACUCGUAUCAACGAUAAUGGAGAAUCUGUUUCCACAGAAUUCAGAGUCAAUAGUUGUACAGAAGGAAAGAACGGUGUUUCUGUCUCCAAAGUUGAAGCAGCUCCUGGAGAAGCAAGAUGGUCUCAAACCUACGCUUGCCCUGAUUUCAGAUGGUCAGAAGCCAUCCUCACCCAUUUCUCUCUCUGCCCUGCCCUCUACAACCGGAAGAUUUAAAAGAAGAACUGGGUCUCCAACAAGCUCUCAACAGCAAAACCCAACAUCUAAUGAAGAAACUCAAGUGUCUGAUACAGGGGAGGUUGGUCCUGCAAGCACAGGGCAGAUUGAGACGCAGCAUAGCUCACAUGUGCAACAAACAGCCAAUGAGAAUGAUGACGCGACUCUAUCUGUGGUGGAGCCAGUAGUGAAACCUGUUUUGUCAAACAGCUGGCCUCCUGUGACCGGUGGGAACUCAUGUAAUCAGCGACCGCUAGAUCUUUCUAAUACAGUCAAGAGAAAUGAAGAUGUAGCAUCAGUUGAUGCAGUGCUGGAUUUGAGUUUGCAAAGAAAGAACCCAGGUGAAUCUGAACUGGCAUUUAAUUUUGUUUCGCUGGCAAAUCAAUCAAAUGCGAGCAUGGUCGAAAACGCCCUAAUGAAAAUGGGCGAGCAAAAAAUGAACUUGGGAGGUCCAAACACUCCUGUUGUUACAGACUUUACCAUAGUCACAGGUUCAGAGAUCGUGACUCCAUUGGAGCCUGUUACAGAGGGACUUGUUUAUGGACUAACUCUACCCCAGAGUUCGCUGACUCCAUCUCCUGCCUCCUUUAAUCCUAUGACCUUGGAGCCAGGUCCACCAUGCACGAUAGCAUUUGCUUCACCAGCGCAAACUGUGCUUUCUACUGCUCCUUCAUUAAUCACCGUUUUGGCACCUUCAUCUAUUGCAAAUUCUUCUACUCAACCAAUUCAGGUAGUAGCCCCAAAUAUACCUCCUGAACCCAUGGUCAUUUGCACAGAAAGUUCAUUAACCUCGCAGUGUGAUUUAACUACUGCAUUUGCCGCUACAAAUUCUGCAAACAUUGUCACUCUCUCCCAGCCCCUUGACCCCACUCUAAAUCUACCUGGUCAUGUCUUUCUCACAGAUCAGAUUGCGAUAAGUCCACCUAUGGUUGAAUCUACUGCAAGGCCAGAAGUGCCAUUCACGCCUACCGUGAAUUUUAAUGAUUCUUUGUUUAAUUCCUACAACAUUGCCAGCAACACAGUGUUAAUAGAGUGCACGAUAGCUCUCGAAGCCCCAGGAAGCGUUGUCCCUGCUGCUGUCCCCUUACAAGAAAAUACAGCUGAACCUCCAGCACCCACUCAGAUGGUUGUUAAUCAUAUCAAGCAGCAGCAGAUUGUGUCAGUGACAGAUCCCCAAAGUGUGGAACCCACUGUUCUUGUGUCGUCCAUCACAGAAUCUGCAACUCUGAUCAAUAAUACGGAAAUGGUGUCCGACUGUCCUGCUCUGAGUGACUCCAGUUCUGACCCUGAUCCGGUUGUUGAUAUAGAGUCACCAACCAUAAAAGAUGAGGAAGCCAGUGACUCUUCUCUUUCCAACUCUGAAAUUGCACCAAAAAUCUCUUCACCCUCUCCUGAAAAAGCUGAAGAAGAAUCCUCAAAUAUUGCAGAAGCCGACUCAGAACCGCAGACUUUCACAAAAAAUUUCAUCUGUAAUGUGUGUGACAAACUUUUCCAUUCAAUGAAAGAGCUAAGCCAUCAUGUGGGUGACCAUGCUGAUGAAUGGCCUUACAAAUGUGAGUUCUGCGUGCUGCUCUUUGGCGAGCCCUCUGACUUGCAUGACCAUCGAUCAAGCCUGCACGGGGUGGGAAAGACUUAUGUCUGUAGUGCAUGUACAAAAGAGUUUGUUUACCUUUGCAAUCUGAAGCAGCAUCAAGAAGAACUGCACCCUGGCCAGCAGUGUACAUAUACAGAGGAUGAAACGGGAAAGCUAAGACCUCAAAACUACAACAAUUCGACUAAAGUAAACACUGGCUCUUCGGCCAAUGAAUCUCCAGCUGACACCAAGAAAUUGGUGAAAAAGGAAGAAUGUGAAGUUGAUGUAGCUGCUGAAGAGCUGUUUACAACCCUUAAGAUCAUGGCCACCGAUGGUGGCAAAAUCAAAGGGCCUGAUGUUCGUCUAGGGAUUAAUCAACACUAUCCCAGCUUCAAACCGCCACCUUUUCCUUACCAUAACCGAUCACCUGCAGGUUCAGUUGCUUCAGCCACAAACUUCACCACCCACAACAUCCCACAAACCUUUAGUACGGCUAUUCGGUGCACCAAGUGUGGAAAAAGCUUUGAUAACAUGCCAGAACUUCACAAACACAUUUUGGCUUGUGCAAAUGCUAGUGAUAAGAAGCGAUACACACCUCGAAAAAAUCCUAUCCCUUUACGCCACUUUGCAAAAUCUCAAAAUGGAGUGUUGUCUACAACUAAUUCUGCCAAUGGACUAAAUGCUUCGGUUCGAGUCACUCAGGGGAACAGGCCCAAACCAAGUCAAGAUCCACCGGUAAAGUUCAGAAUGCUGAAAAAAAGGAAGAAAAAGUUGGUCCAAAGGGUCAUGCCACAGAGAAACAAGUCGGUCCCUUCGUCAAACAAAGUGUCACAAGUACAGGUAAAUGAUCAGCAGGAAAUCUUUGUCUGCCCCCAUUGCAAGAGAGAGUUCACAAUGCGCCGCAGUCGAACCAAACACAUGGCCGUGUGCCCCAAGAAACCUAAAGAGAUAAAGAAAAGAAAAGAAGGAGGAAUCUCUGUCACAAAGGAAAACAAUGGACACUUGCACAGAGGGGUUUCUCAUGUAAGAGAGAAACAAGAACCAUCGCCUCAGCAUAAAACAAGGCUCCAGACAUCUGGCUUGACAAAAAGGCCCGCUAUCCUACCAGUGCAAACUGUGCUCUCGAGUAAAAGAAGUAAGAUUAUUAUAAAAGGGAGCACACAGCUGAAGCAAGAGGCGCCCACUCUGGCAGAACUUCCCAUUCGCACUUUCAACCCCUCCAUGCGGCAGUAUAGCAAAGUGCAGCAAAAUAUCAAAGGAAUGCCCAUUAAAAUCACCGUAGUCAGACCUCAACAGACUACUGCACAGAAAAAUGAGUCGCGUUCCACUCAGAGCCGACAGGAAGCUGCUAACGGCCAAUCCGAGCAGAGCACCUCGGCUUGAUUGCUCAGAGAGCCAUCUGGGAUCAUUGGGUAGUUUGAGUACUUAAAAACUAUGAUUUAUAGAAAAACACAAGGAAAAAAGUGCAGUCCUUGCAGAACAGAUGGAAAAUCUGGCAUAAUUUAUUCUUACAGUUUAAUUUGAAAGUAAUAAAGGUUAAGUACUCAAAUUUCAUGGACAUCAGAAAAAAGCCAUCUUAAAUCCCAAUGAUGACAACAAAAACAAGAUGAACUUAAUUUAUAUGUAUCUGUCUUUUUCUGUCUUGUGUUUUUUUUUUGUUAUUUUCAGGAUUCUGCUGCAUGGAGCUUUUUAAGUUAUUCUAAAGGGGAAAUACAUGGUUGGCACACUGUAAAGCCAGCUGACUUUUAGGCUGCAUUAUACUGUACAAGAAAAUUCUGAACACGUUAAAAAGGAUACCACAGUGUGAGUGUGUUCAUUUAGUUGUUUAAAUGAUUUUUGUUUUUGAGAAGUUUUCUUUAUUUUUUUUCUCCCCUGUUUUGCAUAAGCCUGCUGUCAAUGGUCUGGACUUGCACUUGAAGUUAAUCUGACUGCGUCAUGCCUAAAAUUGGAAAGGAAGUAACUGGAACUGAGCUGCUGGUAUUUCUUGAUGAUUAUUAUUAAGAGGAUAGAGAGGGGCAUUCAUUUUCAGCAUGCAUUUGCACUAUUUCUUGUCUGUAGUCUUGUGGCCUUUUAAUUUAAACUUAUUGCAUGCUGUCUCUGAGCUUUUUCUACAGCCACUGUACACUGAUCUAAAACGGAUUGUGUUGACGAGGUUACGCCUUAAACUUGAAUCAAGUCACGACCCCUUUAUUAUGAUAGAAGGUGACCAGUACAUGGAAGGCAUACCAAAUGUAAAAAAAAUAAAUAAAUGUGGGGGAUUGUUUUUGAACUCAAAUUACAGAAUCAAAGACAAGUAGGGCAGUGCAGUCUAAUACUAGCCACAAGCUCCAGUCAAAUCUCCAGCAUGUCAUUGUUAUACGGGGAAGCAGUUUUUCAUGACUGUUGUGAAUGUAAAGUGUAAUAUCUUUCAUGUUUCAUCUUUUUUGAGUCAGAGUUAUUUUUGUUCCAGCUACUCCUCUGUGCUGCGGAAGGGUUUGAAGAGCAAUGCUUUCUAUGUGCCAUUAAUUUCAAAAUUCACAAUAUUCAGUGGAUUCCAGAUGAAGGAAUUAUUAUAUUCGAACUUACACAGGAUCAAUCAACCCGUCCUUGAAAUUUAUUUCAUGUUUUCUGAAUUUACUUUUAAAGUCUGUACAAUGUGAAAUUAAAUUACAUAAUUUCUUUCCUUUUUUUUGUUAAAUGCUGACGGAAUUUGUGGACAAAUGAUCUUCGAAGUUUGGGCUAGCACAAGUAAUUUGAUUUAAAAGCCUUUGCUACAUUUGCACAAUGUUCUCUUUGUUAAUAUUCUGUUCAGCUUAAUUGGGUUCAAAACUUUUCAUCUUAAAUCUUAAUAUAUUCACAUUGGCCCAGUUUGCUUUCAGGUUUUUUGUUGUUUUUUUGCACCUCUUCUGCAAAUGCUUGUUGAACUUUUGUGCUGCUGUCCCCAUGCCUUGAUUAUUAGUACAGUCUGCUUCAUCUUUAAUUUCUUCGAGGACUUCCCUUCUGCUUCUGGCCUUUGGGGAAGUUGCCCUUGCUCUAAACCGUGAAGUGUGUUUGAUGAAUUCCAACAUGUUUAAGUCAGAGGAUAAUUUUGUUGUGACAUGAAAAUGUUGCACUGUGUCAGAAAUCACAUGGUAUGUUUAUUUAAACCUUUUAUAAGCUAAAAAAAAAAAAAAAAGAUGAAGCGCUAUACAGGGUAGUUUUUGCUUUGUGAUUUAACUUUAGAUUUUGUUCAACUAAAAUUUGAAAAUGAUCUGUAUGUGAAAAAGCAUACGUAAUGGUACGCCUAUAUUUUUGCCGUCUUUAGCCCCUGCUGGUAAUUUCUCUUUUAUUCAGACUAGUGUGUUGGAUGACCAGGAUAGUCUGGGAGACUGUUAUUUAACUGUGAAAAGUGCUUGUAGCAUUUCAAAGUGUAAAUGGACUUAUGUAUAUUUAUUAAUUUAAAAUCAGUUAUGAAUCAUUGAACGAUUCCUCUGUAUGAUUUGCACUAAAAAAAAAAAAAAAAAUCUUCUUUUUCUUCAAGCAAGUGUUUAGAAUAAAUGGAGAAUGUUAAGUUUAAUGUUGAAGUCGGUGUGAAACUUUCUUCAGGGGGGAGAAAAAAAAUCAAGAGGAAUAUAAAUUAGUAGGAUUAAAAAGGUUGAUGCUAAGAAUCUUAUUUUAGUGUGUCCCUACAUGUUAUCAUGAUGGCCAGAUGAUGGCACACUUCCCUCACUCACACCUCCUGUUUUCUCUCUUUUCUGUUUUUAAAAAUGAGAACAUCCAAAGCCAUCAACCUGUGAAAAACCCUUUUUUGGCCACAGAAAGAUUGUCCAUUAAAGUAUAAACCAUUGUGAUCUUCAAGUAAACAUACAAUUGUGAAAGUAUUAAAUAACAGAACAUAUAAAAUCUGAUAACU